GCCGCGCAGAGUUCUGGGACUAGUAGUCCGCGGCCUAUUUACCCUAGUUAGAAAUAGGGGCCUGUGGAAACAUGAAGAGGGUAAAUAGCUGUGUGAAGAGUGAUGAGCAUGUCCUGGAGGAACUGGAAACGGAAGGGGAGAGGCAGCUCAAAAGCCUCCUUCAGCAUCAACUUGAUACCUCUGUCUCUAUUCAGGAAUGUGUGUCUAAGAAAGAGAGCUUUGCUCCUGGUACUAUGUACAAGCCCUUUGGGAAAGAAGCAGCUGGGACUAUGACUUUGUCCCAGUUCCAGACACUGCAUGAGAAGGACCAGGAAACUGCUUCUCUCAGGGAACUAGGGCUCAAUGAAACAGAAAUCUUAAUCUGGAAAAGCCAUGUUUCAGGUGAAAAGAGGACAAGACUAAGGGCAACCCCUGAAGCAAUACAGAGCCGUCUUCAAGAUAUUGAAAAAAGGAUCACGGAGCGUCAGCGCAUCCUUUGCCUGCCACAGAGAUUUGCAAAGAGCAAACAGCUGACCCGGCGAGAAAUGGAAAUAGAAAAGUCUUUAUUCCAGGGAGCUGAUCGUCACUCCUUCCUUAAGGCUCUUUAUUACCAAGCAUACCACAAAAAGACAAGUGCAGACAAGUACAUGACCUCAAUGAAGAGGAAGAUAAAAUUAGGCACAAAAGAUGAUCCCCAAAAGAAGAACAAAGGUGAUCCCAUGAACAACCUGGAAAAUUUUUACCAAGAGAUGAUAAUGAAAAAACGUCUUGAAGAGUUCCAACUUAUGAGAGGUGAACCCUUUGCUUCCCACUCACUGGUGUCAGCUACAUCAGUGGGAGAUAGUGGCACAGCUGAGAACCCGUCAUUACUCCAGGACAAGGGAAAACAGGCAGCACAGGGUAAAGGUCCCAGUCUCCAUGUGGCAAAAGUCAUUGAUUUUUCACCUCAGCAGUGUUGGACUGGGCCUAAGAAGCUGACGCAGCCAAUAGAAUUUGUCCCAGAAGAUGAGAUCCAGAGAAAUCGUUUGUCAGAGGAAGAGAUCCGAAAAAUUCCUAUGUUUUCUUCAUAUAAUCCAGGGGAGCCAAACAAGGUGUUAUAUCUGAAGAACCUUAGCCCUCAGGUGACUGAAAAGGAUCUUGUCUCAUUGUUCGCCCGGUUCCAGGAGAAAAAAGGACCUCCGAUUCAAUUUCGAAUGAUGACUGGACGCAUGAGGGGUCAGGCUUUCGUCACCUUCCCCAAUAAGGAGAUAGCAUGGCAAGCAUUACAUCUAGUAAAUGGAUAUAAACUACAUGGAAAAAUAUUGGUGAUAGAAUUUGGAAAGAACAAAACACAACUGUCAGAUCUCCAGGCUGGUUCUCCCAUAUCUUGUGCUACAAAUAACACUACAGAAAUCAGUGGCAGCUAGAAGAUAAAAAGAUUGUGGGUCCUGGGUGGUCUUUCUUGCAACAGAAACUUGGAUCUAGGAUUCGUGUAUACAUAGCACUUUGUUUGGAGUUAAAGAGAACUAACUUAGGGAACAAGUCAUUAAGACGAUCCUUUCAGUAUAUGGAGAGAGGUGGUAGAAAACAUUUUCGAUAAUCAAAGAUUAUAUAGGACAGAUGAUAUACUGAGAAUGAAGGGUGGGGUACAAAAAAAUGUCCUUUUCUCAGGAUAAAUUAGAAAGUAUUAUUUCCAAGACUUUUUGUUUAAUCCUUAUACUUUUUCUGGGAUCUUCAAUGUUUGUCACUAGAGAUUACAUUCUUUACAAGACUGCCUAUUUACGGAACAAAAAAACUAGUUUAAUUUUGAAAUAUUUAUUUACUAGAACCCAUCUGUCCUUAAUUUCAUCCACCUAGUAAACAAAAGACCAGGACCCCAGGCCUAAAGAUCAACAAAUGCCAUUAAGUCAGAACAGUCAGCAGUAGCAGUAGUAGUUUCAUAAGUCAGUUGACAUAUUUAAUCCAUACUUCCCCGCUAAGUGAUCAGUGUCUUCAAAAAGCUAUAUAUUUUUCUAAAGGAAUCUUUUAGAUCAAAAUAUUGAUGUUCUUAUGGCCAUUUAAGCUAGCUACCAUUGAGUAAUCAUUCAAUUCAAAGCAAUAAACAUUGACUAAUUCUCUAAUACGUUAGGUAUUAGAUAUAUGAAUUUUAGAAGGGGAACAUACUAGUGAAGAAUACUAAAGGAGAGUGAGAAGAAAGAAUUCUCUACAGGAGAGGUAGCCUAUCCCAAAUCCCCCAAUUGGUUGUUUAUGGCUGCUGGAGACUAGAAAGACAAUAUAGUAUAUAGGAAGUAGUACAAACUUUGGAGUCAGACCUGUGUUUGAACCUCAUAGCCACACUUACCACACUGUGACAUUGGCAGGUCACCUAAUCUGAGCCUCAGUUUUCUCAUCUAUUAAAUGAGGAUAAUAAUACUACUUACCUCAUUGGGUUGUGAGGAUUAAAUGAGAUGGUAUUAUGCAAGCUGAAGAAGAGAAAGAAAAAAGAAUGAAGAAAAAUCAACAGUCUAGAAUCCUGUGGGACACCAUUAAGCACACCAACAUAAGUGUAACGCAAGUGCCAGGAAGAGAGGACAGGAAAGAAAAGCAGAAAACAUUCAAAUACAUGAUGGCUAAUAACUUCCCCAAUUUGAUGGGAAAACAAUCUACACAUCCACGAAGCUCAGUGAACCCCAAGUGGGAUAACACAAAGAAAUCCAUUACAGACACAGCCUUAUAAAAAUACUGAAAGACAAAGACAAAAUCUUGAGAGCAACACGAGAAAAGGGAAUCCCAGUGAGAUUAAGAGCUGACUUCUCAGCAGAGACAAUGGAGGCAGCAGUAAAAUAACAUUUUCAGAGUGCUCAAAGGAAAAAAAAAUGUCCAUCAAGACUCCUAUAUCCAGCAAAGCUAUUUUUCAUUAAUGAAGGUGAAAUAAGGACAUUCCUAGAUAAUCAAAAACUGAGAGGAUUCAUUGCUAACACCCAACUUAAAAGAACGACUAAAGGAAGUUCUUCAGGCUGAAAGCAAAUGACACCAGACAGUAAUUGGAAAGGAAAAAGCAAAGGUAAUUAUGUGACUAUAAAAGAUAGUAUAAAUGUGUAUUUCUUUUCCUUAACUGAUUUGAAAGCAACUGCAUCAAACAAAAUGUUUAUUAUUGUAAUGUUGGGUUUAUAACAUAUAAAAAUGUAAUAUAUUUGCACAUAACAGUAGGAAGGAGGUGGGUGGAAGCAAAGAUGCAUUGGACUAAAGUGAUGAUUCUAGAUGGUAAUCUACAGGAACAAAUUAAGAGAACCAGAUAUAGGAAAUAAGAUUAAUAUAACAAAAGAUAUGAGUAUACACUUUCUAUUUCUUCUCUCAGAUUCUUUAGAAGACAUAAUUUUAUAUACAGUAAUAAUUAUGACAAUGUAUUGCUAGAUUUGUAACAUAUAUAGAAAUGAUAUGUAUAACAGUAAUACCACAAAAAGGGAAAAUAGAAUAUAUAGGAACAUUUCUUUAUCUCAUUGGAAUUAAGUUAGUGUAAAUCUGAAUUAAAUUCUGACAAGAUGUAUAUGGUAAGCCCUAAAGCAACCACUAAGAAAAUAACUUUAAAAGUAUAGCAAAAAAUUGUUCAAGAAAUUAAAAUGUUACAUCAGAAAAUACUCAGUUUAAAAGAAAGAGUAAAGGAGGAAUAAGGGAACAACAAAGAUGCAAGACGUAUAGAAAACAAACAGUAAAAUGGCAGGCAUAAAGCCACCGAUAUCAAUAAUUACACUAAAUAUGAACAGCUCAGACAUUCCAAUCAAAAGGGAGAGAUUGUCACACUGGGAAAAAAAGAAAGAUUAAAUUCUAUGCUGUCUACUGGAAACAUACUUUAGAGUCAGAGAUACAGAUAGAUUGAAUAUAAAAGGAUGGACAAAAAUAUAUCAUGCAAAUAACAUUAAGAAAGCUGGAGUGGCAAUACUAAUAUCAGACAAAAUAUACUUUUUUUUAAAGUUACUAGUGAUAAAGAGUGAUUUUUAUAAUGAUAAAAGGGUCAAUCCAUCAGGAAAAUAUAACACUUAUAUACAUACAUGCACUUAAUAGCAGAGCACCAAAAUACAAGAAGCAAAAACUGAAGGACAUAAAGGAGGAAAUAGGCAAGUCAAUGAUAAUAGUUGGAGACUUCAGUACAGCAGUUUCAGUAAUGGAUGGAACAACUGGGCAGAAGAUCAACAAGAAAACACAAGACUUGGAAAACACCGUAAGCCAGCUAAACAGAACAGACAGCUAUAGAACACUCCAUCCAACAACAGCAGAAUAUACAUUCUUCUCAAGUCUACGUAAGACAUUCUCCAGGAUAAGCUAUAUGCUAGGCCAUAUGAAAAACCUCAAUGUAUUCCAUCAUUAAAAAAAAAAAAAAAAAACUAGAAACAGAAGGGAACAUCCUCACCCAAUAAAGGGCAUCUAUGAAAAAUCCACAGCUAAUAUCAUACUUAAUAAUGAAAGACUGGAUGCUUUCCCCCUAAAAGGGACAAGACAAGGAGUUCUGCUUUCACCAUUGCUAUUCAACUUUGUACUGGAGUUUCUAACCAGGUCAGUUAAACCACAAAAAGGAAAUAAAAAGCAGAUUGAAAGGAAGAAGUAAAACUGUUUCUAUUUGCAGAUGACAUGAUCCUGUGAGUAGAAAAUCCUAAGGAAUCCACUAAACUAAGAAACAAGUUCAUCAGCGUUUUAGGAUACAAAAUCAAUACACAAAACUCAGUUGCAUCUCUAUACACUUGCAAAACACAAACCAAAAUUAAAUUAGGAAAACAAUUUCAUUUACAAUGGCAUCUAAAAUAAUAAAAUAUUUAGGAAUAAAUUUAACAAAAGAUGUUCAAGAUGCAUACUCAAAACUACAAAGCAUUGUUGAAAGAAAUUAAAGAAGAUGGAAAUAAAUGAAAAGACAUCCUGUGUCCAUUGAUUGGAAAACUUAAUAUUGUUAAGGUAACAAUAUUCCCCAAAAUUUAUCUACAAAUUCAAUGCAGUCCCUGGCAGAAUCCCAGCUGGACUCUAUAGAAAUUGGCAAGCUGAUUCUAGAAUUCAUAUAGAAACUCAAAAGGGACCCAGAAAAGCCAAAACAGUCUUGGGAAGAAAAAAAAAAAAAGUUGGAGGACUCAUGCUUCCUGAUUUCAAAAUUUAUUACAAGCUACAGUAAUCAAAACUAUGUGGUACUGGCAUAAGGAUAGACAUAUAAAUCAAUGGAAUAGAAUUGAAAUUUCAGAAAUAAACUGUUAGCAAUGAUCAAUUGAUUUUUGACAAGGGUGCCAAGACCACUCAAUGUGAGAAGAAUAGUCUUUUCAACAAAUGGUACUGUAAUAAUUGUAUAGCCAUAGGCAAAAGAAUGAAGUUGGACCCUUACCUCAUAACAUAUACAAAAAUUAACUCAAAAUGGAUCAAAGUCCUAAAUAUAAGCACUAAAGCCAUAAAACCCUUAGAAAAAAACAGGAGUAAAUCUGUUUUACCUUGAAUUUGGCAGUGGAUUCUUGCAUAUGACACCAAAAGCAUAACCAAAAUAAAACAGAUAAAUUGAACUUCAUAAAAAAAAAAAGCCAUUGUACUUCAAAGGACACUAUCAAGAAAGUGGAAAGAAAACACAGAAUGGAAGAAAAUGUUUGCAAACUGUAUAUCUGAUGAGGGACUUGUAUCCUGAAUAUAUAUAAAAAAAUAAACUUAUGCUCGAUAAUAAAAAGACAAAUAAUUCCAUUUUAAAAUGGGCAAAGGAAUAUCUUCUCUGAAGAAGAUAUACUAAUCCCUAUUAAGCACAUGGAAAGAUGAUCACCAUCAUUAGUCAAAUCAAGGAAGUGCAAAUCAAAACCACAAUGAGAUACCACUUGGCAUCUAGAAUGGGUAUAAUAAAAAAGACAAAAGCGUUGACAAGGAUGUUGAGAAAUUGAAACCCUCAUAUAUUGCUAGUGGGAAUGUAAAAGGGUGCAGCCACUUUGGGAAACAGUCUGAAAGUUAGAAAGUUCAACAGUUACAAUUUGACCCAGAAAUUCCAUUCCUACGCAUAUUCCCAAGAGAAAUGAAAACAUAUGUCCACACAAAAACUUGCACAUGAAUGUUUAUGGCAUCAUUAUUCACAAGAGCCAAAAGUUGGAAACAAACGGCUUCAAACUACUUCAAAAUGGUUCCAUAAUUGCCGUUGUAAACAAGAGCUUUUUAAGUAUUGCAAAGCAACCAAAUUUGUUGCCUGUCGUAUUUUGACCCGAGUAGGAAACAAACACCUGUGCCCUGCUCAGAGGUGGUGGCUGACCGUGCUACUUUGAAUGUGUGUUGCUCUCCACAGCCCUGCCAAUAAUGUUGCUCUCCAAAAGUCUUGCCACAGUCCUUCCUCUUGAAAGUUUCAGGAGCCUGAUGCGGGAGACUGGGUUAUUAGCAGGACUGUGGAGAGCAACACAUUCAGAGCAGUAUGGUCAGCUGCCAUCUUAGAGUGGGGUGCAGCUGUUUGUUUCCUACUCGGGUCAAAAUACCAGGGGCAACAGAUUUGGUUGCUAUGCAACAUGUACGCAGCCCUUAUGACAUUUGCUGAACCAUUUUGAACCAGUUUAAAGCCCUGGAAACAACCCAGAUGUCCAUCAACUUGAAUCGAUCAACAAUUGUGGUAUAUUCAUAUAAUGGAAUAUUCUUCAGUCAUAACAAGGUGUGAAGUACUGAUGCAUACUACAAGAUGAACAGACCUUGAAAACAAUAUGCUAAGUGAAAGAAGCCAGUCACAAAAGCAUACAUAAUGUGAUCCCAUUCAUGUGAAAUGUUAAGAAUUGGCAAAUCUGUAGACCUGAAAGUUAUUUAGUGGUUGCUUAGGGAUGAAAAAAAAAAUUUUUUUUUUUUUUUUUUAGGGAUGGGGAGGGAUAGGGGAGCUGGGAGUGAUAGCUGAAGUGCACAAGGUUUCUUUAGGGGUUGAUGAAAAGGUUCUAAAAUUUAUUGUGAUGGUUGCACCACUACGUGAAUAUACUAAAAACCAUUGAAUUGUACACUUCAAAUGCAUGAAUUGAAUAGUAUGUGAAUUAUAUAUCAAUAAGCUGUCACAAAAAAGAAUUUGGAUACAAUGCAAAUGUCCAUCAGUAGGAGAGUGGGUAAAUAAAUUAUGGCACAUCCUUUAAAAUGGAAUAUUAUGCAACCACUAAAGAAGUAGAAUAUGUCCAUAUAUUCUGACCUGAACUGGUGUCCACAAUUUUGUAUUAAGUUGAAAAUCAAGAUCUAGAAAUAUGUAUAGCAUGAAUACUUUUUUUUAAACAGAACUAUUUGUAUAUCCAUAAGGUAUAUGUGUAUAUAGGUAUAUCUGAAUAAAUUUAGGAAAAAGCUAGGAAAUACAUAUACUGAAUUGUAAACAUUUGGGAGAUACGACUGGAUAGGCUAAAAGGGGACUUUUACUUUAUGACAUUUUUCAAGUGGUGUGAUCUUGACUGGUUUUUACUUUCUUCAGUAUUUUUUAAAGAAAAAGAUUAACAAAAUACUUUGCCAGUGACUUGGCUUCCUGAAUGUUUGCCAGGCCUGCUGUGAGGAUAUCAUCUGACAAUACUCAGGACAUAGUCUUAUUCCUUUGAUAUACUGCUUAUUUAGGGUUAUUUCUCCAAUUUUAAAUACAGUUUAAGAGUCAAGAUGUAAAUUAUCCUGGAACAGCACCUUGAAUGUGUUACCCUGGGACAUACCUCUAAGCUGGACUUUUCAGAAGAAACUCCUUCCUGUUAGGUGGGAAAUCUCACCUGUGCCCUUUACUAGACAUACAGACCACUAACAAUAGAGGAAAAUAAAAAUGGAGAUGUCUCUCAACUGGUGCAUAGAAAAACAAACUGUGGUAUAUCCACACAGUGGAAUCCUACUCAGCAAUAAAAACGAUGAACUACAUUCAGCAACUUAGAGGAAUCUCGAAUGUAUUAUGCUAAGCAAAAGAAGCUAGACUCAAAAUGCUACUUACUGUAUGACUCCCUUUACAUGAUAUUUUGGAAAAAGGCAAAACUAUAGUGACGGAAAGCAGAUCAGUGGAUGCCAGGGGUUAAAGGUGGUGGAAGGUUUGAUUACAAAGUGGGUAGCAUGAGGAAUUGAUUUUAAAUCAUGGAACUUUUCUGUAUCUUGAUCGUAUCUACAAAGUGGAAGUUCAAGGAAUUUUUUUAAUCAUGGAACUUUAUGUUGAUUGUAUUCACAUGACUAUGCAUUUGUCAAAACUCGUAGGACUGUACAAUAAAAAGGAUAAAUUUU